CGCACGUGCAGGAUAUACCAUGCAACAUAUUGUUUUUCGCGUGCAAUGUGGGUGUGUGCGUGCAUAAUUGAAGUGUAGUAGUUAAUAUAUAUCCAAUUAUUUCGCAACAUGAUUCCUUGAAAUCAACCUCGCUCGAAGAGCGGGAAGUGUCAGAUAACUUUAUAUACAUAUUCUUAAAAAGCAUUAAUCCACCAAGUGGUUUUGUGUCUUAGAUGAUAAAAGUAAUCGUAAAAUAUAUAGAAAGAAAAUGAAACAAUGUUUGUAGAACUGAACAGACAAAUACAGUUACAUUAUCUACAAUGUAACACCAACCUCUCCGUCUCCAUGGUUUAAAAAGCGGCCGCUGUUAUGUUAAUUUGAGCCUCCUAUCAAAUUAACAGCAACAUCUCCGACCCGGGAACUAGCAGGGCUGUGUUAACUUGAAAGGCCAAGUUAACAAGAGCUAUUUCAACUGCUCAAUUAGGCGAGAUCAUGGCUAAGGAUUCACCAUUAACGGAUAUUGACGUCAUGUUGCGGAUGGAGGAAGAGCUGCACAACCUCCAACUCCACUCGCAGAGAUCCACGCCCCUAGAACCUCAUCCCAGAACCCACCACGAAGGAGGGGAAGACAGCAGCCCAGACUCCCCUCCUGGUGGGGUACAGAUUACCUAUCGGGACGGCCAGAGGGUGAACUGGCUCGAAGGAAUCAUCGGCUGCUUGAGACCCGUGUGGACCAUCAUCGGCAAGGCGGCGAUCAGUGAGAAACAGCAGCAGACCGACAACUGGGAGAUCCCGUUCGAGGAGGUGUCCAACCUGGAGUGGCUCGGGUCAGGGGCUCAAGGAGCAGUGUUCCGAGGGCGACUUCGAGGGAACUGGGUGGCCAUAAAGAAGGUCAGAGAGCAGAAGGAGACAGACAUCCAGCACUUGAGGAAGCUGAACCACCCUAACAUCGUCCAGUUUAUUGGUGUGUGCACAGCGGCACCCUGUUACUGCAUUGUGAUGGAAUAUUGUCCUUACGGUGCCUUAUACAACCUCCUGAAGGACGGUCGCGACAUCCCCCCGGAUAAGGUCGCGAGCUGGGCCAAGGAGAUCGCCUCGGGAAUGAACUACCUGCACCAGCACAAGAUCAUUCACAGGGAUCUCAAAAGCCCCAAUGUCCUCAUCGGAGCCAACCAAGAAGUGAAAAUCAGUGACUUCGGAACAUGUCGUGAGUGGAAUGACGUGAGCACCAGGAUGAGCUUUGCGGGAACGCUAGCAUGGAUGGCACCAGAGGUUAUUCGCAAUGAACCUUGCAACGAGAAAGUGGACAUAUGGUCAUUUGGAGUCGUUCUUUGGGAACUGCUGACGUGUGAGAUUCCGUAUCGUGAUGUUGACAACUCGGCUAUCAUCUAUGGGGUUGGAUCUAGCUCUCUCCACCUCCCCAUACCGUCUACCUGCCCCGAUGGAUUCAGACUAAUUGUUCAGAUGUGCUGGAAUACCAAACCACGAAACAGGCCUUCGUUCAAGUAUAUUUUGAUGCACCUUGACAUUGCAGCAGUUGAAAUUCGCAGCACACCUCCCGAGACAUAUUUCAAAACACAGAUGUCAUGGAAGGCAGAGAUCCGGCAACAGAUGGCGUCCAUGAACUCCAGAGGGUCACACAUUCCACGCAUGGAGGAAGACCUCGUCAAACGGCGGCACGAUGAGCUGAAACAUGCUCAGGACAUCCGGGAACACUGGGAGCGGAAACUCGUCAUUGCCAACGAUCUCUACCUUGAACUGUCGGCAGCAAUGUUGCAGCUUGAACAAAGGGAAAAAGAGCUUCUAAAGUCGACUUCCAGGAGGGAACACGCAAACCAAAUACACAAAGGAAAACGGAGGAUAGUUCGGCCGCUGAUCAAGGCCCAAGAACGUCUCCAAGCACGCAGAGGAGGCCAACUCACGUCCUCCAACCCAACCAGUCCUGAGGCACAGACAAGUUUUGUGUCUACGUCAAAGCUGCCAUCGAAUCGUUCCAAGAAGCCCCUCUACACCGAGAUUGGUACAAACAAUCUCCCGUUGUCCACGACGAGGCCUGCUUCCCUUCACGUGACCCAGAGCAACCCCAAGUCCUCCACCAACUCACAAAACGUGGGAGGAGUGGCUGAGUCAGGUCACCAGGAGACUGACCUAGGUGGCCGUGGAGGCUCGGGUCGGAGGCGACGGCACCAGAGGAACAAGAGUCAUGGGGGGGUUAUUGCAUAUGUCAGUUCAACUAGUCCUAAGCAUAGUCCUGUUGUAGAUAGAAGGGGUUAUAGCCUCAGCCCAAGCCAUGAGAGAGUUCCUAUACUAGUAGACUCAGGAACGCAGACUGAUCACAUGGACAUGAGUGAAACUGACACCUCGCCUGUGAAGACCCCUGGGCCCAACAAACCGUCCACACUGCCUCUGCAUAAGGAAGACAGGGACACAAGCGGGGACAAGAAGCCUCCCUGCGGCCACACUGCCCUCGAGACCAGUCCCAACGGCAACACUAUCCCUGAGCAGAGCCCCUGCUGUGAGCACUGUCCUCGGCAGCAGUAUUGGCGGUUAACUUCAACAGACUCUAAUGACUCUAAUAAAAAUUUCCCCAUUGCUGACCCAGUUGUAGCAAGAUUAAGUGAAGGUAGAGAAGAAUAUACAAUUGAGGAGACCCUACAGAUACUCAACAACAAUGAGGAUGAUGUAGACAUUCUCCACCAGCUUGGGGACAAGUGGGAUGCAAUAGAGAGAGUUUUAGCGGAUAAAAAAGCACUGCCAAAUGGAUACAGACGGGUAAAGCACGGUCCUCUCAUGAGAUUCGACCAUUCCAUUCCGGAAAGCUUCUCAGAGUCGACCCCAAUGGACAUCGGCCAGCCAAAGCUUGAAAGCAUGUCUCAGAGCCAGUCCUCAAACACUACAAAUGAGACAGAAGAAGAGGAGAGAAACUCCAGCAUUGAGCAGGACAUCCUGAAUCGCAAUUCAGACAUGGUUGCCUCCAGUGAAUUCGAUUCCAGCCAUGACUCAGUCGGUCAUGAGUUGUCAGUUCCCUAGAUGGCCAUUACCAAGUCAUCAAACGAAAAUGUUUCAUGCGACGGCCUAUUCCAAGGAGCAAGAACCAUCGGUCUGUCUGUCUGACAAGGUCCACGCAGAGCACACAGAGCUCAGAAGGGGGGGUGUCAGAGGAUGAAGCUGGGCCUUCUGUCAGAGCGGGUUACUACUCUCAUCGAUUAGAUGGCCAGUAUCCUUCAAGAUUAAUGAGUGGGGCUGGCCCAUCCCAUGACAGUGACACCUCAGACUCUGAAGAUGAUGGAGAUGCCAUCAGUGUGACGACUGUUGCCCCAGGUGCUCAGCCGGAACCUGCAGCUACCUCUGGGCCUCAGAGCAACACAAGCAGUGACACGGCAGUAGGAGUCGGAGGUGGAUCCGACCUCUUUCAGAAGUCUGGCGAAGAAUGCUGAAACCAACAGACAGAAUGAACAAACGCUCUUGGGACAGUUACGUUGUUCAGUGCUAAUGGUAUAGGCAGCAGUGGUGUGAUGUCGCUCAGCAAGCAUGGCAAAUCUUUGUGCUUGUGAAGGAGUUUGACAUCACCGCAGAAACUUUGGCGUUUGGGAAUUCCUCUCAGUGUGGGAGAGAAAGAAAGAUUACUGAAGAAAAGGAAAUAUAAUUGUAUGAGAAGCAGCAGUGUUUGCACAAUCAUGUGUGUGCAUGAUAGAAAAAAAGAAGAGCAUACUUUGAAUAUGCAACCAGUGUAAGAUGCCAUUGAUAAUUCAAGUCUUUAAAAGAAUAAUCUCAUGGAAUAUAGUGGACAUCAUAUGCCUUUUGAUGAAAUUCUUUUUUUUGUCAAGAAAAAAAAAAAGGGCAGUGUAACUGUACUUAAUGAACUGUAUACAUUCCAAGCAGAGACCUGAGCCGCUAUAAGGGAUCAGGACUAACAGAUAUGAAAAUGUUUGUUUAUGUAUUUCUUCCCGUUGCAUGCCAGAAUUUUAAUAUACACACCUGAUAAUCCAGUACUGUGAGGGAUACAUUUCAGUGUUUCCCCCCCUAAACCAUAUAGGGUGUUUGACCUAACCGUAUCUACUCGUAGUCCAGUUUUCAAGUGAAAAGAAGGAACCAGGUUCUUUUUUUUAUUUAUUCUUUUAUGAAAAUUUUAUUUAAAUGGAGCGCACAUACCUCUUUAUUGAGAUAAGGUAAAGAGUCUCAUGAGCGAUCCGCACAGAUCAGUCUAGAUAUAUGAAAUAGGAGAAAACUAGUGAAGAUGAAAAUAUAGGGACAAAUUUACGGAUUGAUUCUGUCAUUUGUUUUGACAGGUUGGAAGGUGUUGUACUGUAGCUCGGCUCUGGUUAUGAAACGGUAUUUCU